UCCUCUGCUGUGCUCCGCCCUCUUUAAAGAACAUACCCUCCUCCUCCUCCUCCUCCUUUUCCUCCUCCUCCUCCUCCUGUUCUCUCCAGCCAUCGAACAAACUUCAAAGCAGCCUUUACUUCAUGGUUUUGAUGUUUUAAUGAACUUGUUGAAGCCUUAGUGAAGCUGUGAAGUCGGAAUGUGAAUCUCUGCGGAGGAAACUCGAGAGUUAUGUGGAGGAUGAGCCUCAGCUCGUAGCGGACGGUAAACAACACGAGCUUCCUUUUCUCCUGCUAGUUGAAGUGAGCCUCAGGAUUCAGUCAUGGCUCGCGGUUGCAUCUGCUGCGUCAAAUACAUGCUCUUCCUCUUCAACCUGCUCUUCUGGCUGGGUGGGUGUGGACUGUUGGGUGUGGGCGUGUGGCUGUCGGUGUCUCAGGGCAGCUUCGCCACCCUGUCCCCCUCCUUCCCGUCGCUCUCCGCCGCCAACCUCAUCAUCACCCUGGGCACUGUUGUGAUGGUGACGGGGUUCCUGGGCUGCCUGGGGGCCAUCAAGGAGAACAAGUGUCUGCUGUUGAGCUUCUUCAUCGUUCUCCUGACCAUCCUCCUCGCUGAGCUCAUCCUUCUCAUCCUCUUCUUUGUCUACACAGACAAGGUGAGCGAGAAUGCCAGACGGGACCUGAAAGAAGGUCUGGUUCUGUACAGCACGGAUAAUAACGCAGGUCUAAGAGACGCAUGGAACACCAUACAGGGAGAGUGGAAGUGUUGUGGAGUGUCGAACCACAAUGACUGGUACACCGCCCUGCAUGGAAACGUGGUUCCUGACCGCUGCUGUCAGCAGUUUUAUCAGGGCUGUGGGCGCAACUCCUCCAACACCUUCUGGACCCGGGGUUGCUAUGAGAAGGUGGAGGAGUGGCUGGAUGACAACAAACACCUUCUGGGAACCAUCGCCAUGUGUGUGUUGGUGAUUCAGCUUCUUGGCAUGGCCUUCUCCAUGACGCUUUACCAACAGAUCCACAGAGCGGGGAAGAAGUACGAGGCCUGAGGGGUGUUUUAAUCAUAUCUGUUACACUCACUGUCUGUUAGUAGAGAGAGUUACUCUGUUUCUGUUACCACUACAUCUUUUAUCUAACCGUUCUUCACUUAACACCAGAGUAUUUAUGUGAAUAGCAUCUGAACUACUUUUGUUACUGUUAGCAUGUUUUUAUGAUCGUCUGAUGGAGAGAGAAUCCUGACAGAUGAAGGAGUGAAUCAUUAGCUUUGUGGAGAGUUACUCUGUAUUAGAUAAAGAAGCUUUGUGUACUAACAUGUUCAAUAAAAGCACUCUACAUAUAGAAGAGAGUGUGUGGUUUCAGGUGACGGCCUGAUUGAGCUCA